AUGGAUGCAAAUCCAAAUUCAAGUCCCGGAUCGGGAGGCUUCAACCCUACCAUGGACAUGCAGCAAUUCAUAGCGUUCUUCAAUCAAGUUGCGCAUAUUCAAGGCCACAUCAACAAGCAGUCACAUCCAAGUAUACCUAUCACUAAUGUCACCCUCAAUGGUGCAAAUUAUGGUACAUGGAGUAGGGCUAUGGAAAGGGCUCUAAAGUCUAAGAACAAACUCAAGUUUAUUGAUGAUAGCAUCAAGAAACCUGAGAGCACAGACUCAAUUUUUGAGGCAUGGGAGAGAUGUAAUACAUAUGUAGUGGCUUGGAUAAAUCUCUCACUUAGUUUGGGCAUUUAUCAAAGUGUUCUUUGGACCAACAUAGCAUAUGAGUUGUGGAAUUAUUUAAACCAUAGAUAUUACCAAGGUGAUCGUUUUAGAGUUGCUGAACUAAAUGAGGAAUUGUAUGCCCUUAAACAAGGUGACCUUAAUGUUACUGCAUAUUUUGCCAAGCUCAAAACUAUAUGGGAAGAGCUUGAUAAUUUUAGACCGAUUCCAAUGUGUGCAUGUGAGAUGAAGUGUGAUUGUGGACUGGGAAUUAUCAGAAUGCAAAGGGAAGAAGAUAGAGUUACAAAGUUUCUUCGGGGACUAGGUGAACAAUACUCCAAUGUCAAGUCACAAAUCAUGUUGAUGGAAGAACUGCCAAGGCUUUCUCAAGGCAGAGGGAGAGGAAGAGGUAGAGGAGGCAGGUCUCAAGCUGGGAGAGGACAAGGAGGCCGAAGCAAGCUGCAUUGUUCCUUUUGCAACAAAAUUGGACACAUAGCGGAUAAUUGUUACAAGAAGCAUGGCUAUCCACCUAAUUACAAGCAAAGAUUUGAUAAUCAUAGCUACAACAAUUCAGCUACAUCUGUCCUAAAUUGUAUGACAGCAAUUGAUAACACUGAGGGUGAAAAUGAGAAUCUCAGUGAACAACAUCAGAUAGUUAGAAGUGACACCACAAGCACUGAUUUCACACCAGAGCAGAAAGAAAUAAUUUUGGCACUACUUAGUAGGCAAGACGUGAAUCAUGUUCAUAGCAUUAGCCAGAUUUCAAUCAAAAAUUCUCAUUUACCUCAUCAAGGUAAAAUGGAUCUGCACACUUUGAAGAUGAUUGGUGCAGCUAGCAAUGUUAAUGAUUUAUACAUUCUGUUCAAAGAGAUCAAACAAGCUAGCAUAAAUAGCAAUUAUUGUAUCAUGUAA